AUGGGGAUCAAUCAGACACGAAUCACUGAAAUGAUACUGCUGGGAUUCCAGGUUGACCCCUCCCUGGAAAUGGUCCUGUUUGGCCUGUUCUUGCUGUGUUACAGCCUCACCUUGAUAGGAAAUGGGGUCAUCCUGGGCCUCAUCUGCCUAGAUGCUAGGCUGCACACUCCUAUGUACUUCUUCCUCUCACAACUGGCCGUUGUUGACAUGUCCUAUGCCUCCAGCACUGUCCCUAAAAUGUUGACAAAUAUGGUGCUGCACCAAAAGACCAUUUCCUUUACUCCAUGCCUCCUUCAGACAUUUUUGUAUUUGGCUUUUGCUGUGACUGAGUGUACGGUUCUGGUGGUGAUGUCCUAUGACCGUUAUGUAGCUAUCUGUCACCCUUUGAAAUACACACUCAUCAUGAGCUGGAGAGCAUGCACCAUCCUAGCUGCCACUUGCUGGGUGUUUAGCUUCCUGUUGGGCUCAGUCCACAUCACUCUCAUUCUAAGACUCCCAUUUUGUGGGCCACAAAAAAUCAACCACUUUUUCUGUCAAAUCAUGUCAGUUUUCAGAUUGGCCUGUGCAGACACAAGACUCAACCAAGUUGUCCUCUUUGCUGGCUCUGUGAUGGUCUUAGUGGGGCCCCUGUUCUUGGUGCUGGUCUCCUACACACGCAUCCUGGUGGCCAUCCUGGGUAUCCAGUCAGGGGAGGGCCGCCGAAAGGCCUUCUCCACCUGCUCCUCACAUCUCUGUGUGGUUGGACUCUUUUUUGGCAGUGCCAUUGCCAUGUACAUGGCCCCCAGGUCCAAAAAUUCUCAAGACCAGAGGAAGGUAUUGUCACUGUUUUACAGCCUUUUCAACCCUAUGCUCAACCCUCUGAUCUACAGUUUGAGGAACACAGAGGUGAAAGGUGCAUUACGAAGAGUUCUUUGGAAGCAGAGAUCACUUUGA